AGGCGCGAAAUGCGAGCUUCAAAUUCAGGAAGAUCAAAGCAGUUUAAUUGAAUGAAAUGAAAGCGAUUUCUCUUGGUGGUUGGAGUGGCUUGAUGCGUGUAGUGUAACAGAAAGCCAGGUGUCGAACAUGUUCGAGACAGAUAGCAGAUCGUCAUUUGUAUCGAAGCAAACGCUAACAUCAUACACAAAGAGUCCUUAUGCACAAUUUCAACACAGGGACAGUCCUGUUGGUGAUAUUCGAAGCUACAUUAGCAAGGCUCAAAGUACGACUGAUGCAAAAGCAAAGUUUGAGAAAAUUGCAGAAAUUGUCAAAGAGUUUCCUGUCACUGUUGAGCUGACAAAGUUCUUCACAGAGCUUCUUGCAGAAAUUUUUGGAUUUGGUAACUAUCAAGGCUGGAGAUUGAAUAGUCUAAAUGGCAGAAUACGAAAUGAUGAGAUCUUGUUCAAAGAAGUUGAGAAGUUUUUGAAUCCAACUGGAAAAUUGUUUCAGUUGAUAGAUAAGCUUGUCAAUGAAAAUGUGACCUUUGAUCUACCAUCUGCAUUGCUGCCAGGUCAUAUCUCAGAGUCAAUACUAAGUGAUACAUCAUCAUUUUUUCAUGGUCAGAAAAGUGGUUUUGCGGCAGGCAAUCAAAUGUUGCCAGCAAGGAAACUGAAUGCUUUGGAAUACUAUUUGUUCAUAUUUUUUUCUUACAUAAUGCAGCCAAACAUUCGAAAGGAAUCUAUGGAUUGGAAUGGUGAUGUAUUGUAUAUUAGCCUGUUUGAAACAUACCUGGCAUACUUUUUGCCAUUAGAAUUAACACAAGCCCAAGAACCAAAAAGCCAGCUAGCUUCACCAAGGAUUACUUCUUCACCAAGCAAUGAGUUUUACACAAAAUUCGGCGGUACAUCAUCUCGCAGUAACUGCAAAGUUGAUGUUAAUUCAUUCAUAGCCAAUUUUGGACUUCGUCCUCUACAUUCUGGGUCAUGGAAGUCGGAAAUUUUUGCGCAGAUAUUUAGUGAUCUUUGGCUUGCUAGCGGUCGGCAGUUUUCAGCAAGAGGAAUCUACGCACAGGAUUACUAUCUCCCGACUGAUGACCAGGUUAUUUUAGUUCGAAUAUUUAUAAAACACAUGCACACGUUUCUCAAUGGCAAAGGAUCACCCUACAGUAGCAGUUCCACUACCUACCCUGCUUCUUCAGCUGGCCAAGAGGAUGAACUCAAAGGGGCCAUUGUAUCAAUCGUUCAAAAAAAGCUCUACCUGUUCCUGAAGAACUGCUUUGCACAUUGGCCUCUUGGCGCUUCCUUCAAAAUGGUGCUUGAAACCUGGCUGAGUUACAUUCAGCCAUGGAGAUAUCAAACUCAGUCGAACCUAGAGAACACGGGGCAAGAUGGAACGACUGAUUUGAGCUCCUGGAGUGUCUUCAUCGAGCACAGUCUCCUGUUUUACACAGUACUCUUCAGAAUGUUUAUGGUAAGAGCAAUGCGACUUGAUUUGCAAGCUGUCAAAGAUGUAGAGUUUAUUUGUAGGGUUAGCAAGGUAUUUUCACAGGCGAACCUUGCCGAGCUUUUACAGGAAGCUGAAGAAUCGUUGUUUACACCGUCGAGCCAAUCAAGAAUCAACCAUCUCUCAACGCAACGCCUAGGGUCAAUAUACACUGCAUUUCAAUUCCCUCAUAAAGGAACUGACUUAGAGGAUACUGGCUUUGAGUAUGAACCAUUGUUUGAUCCACUCUUUGUGCAGCAGAUGGAAGGAUUGGCACAGCAGAUUGCUGAUGAGGAGCAAAAAGUUAAAGACCAAAUUGCAAGACGGUCAAUGAAAAGUGUCGACAAAAGUUUUAUGGGGCAAAUUAGGACGUUUUUCUCGAGUGGAUCCGAAGAUGAAGAUGCAUCUCAGGAUGAAAAGCUGGAGGGACGACUCAACAUGGUUUGCAAUCAGCUUGCGCGUAUCUUUAAAUUUGCCCCACCUGAACCGAGUGAGGCAGCGACGAUGUCGGUAGAUGGGAGACACAAUGUACAGCUACCAAGGCCUUUUGUAGCCAGCCAUUACUAUGAAGAUGGCAGGCUGUUACCUGAAUAUACAAUCGAAGAUGAUGGUAAAGUGACUCUUACGGACCGUGGAAGAUGGCAGAUUCUGCAAAAGAUGAGACAUUUUGAUGUCCAGGGAAAGGCAGCUGUUGAUUUAGAACCAAUAAGAAGUUAUGAGAUACCUUCGGUCGUCAGAUGGCUGUAUCGUCUUUCUUCAAGAAUCAAUGAAAAGUACAGAGAACAACUCAUGAGUUCAUAUAACAGCGAAAACAUCGUUGGUAAAACAUUAAGAACAUUGUCACCAAAACUCUUUGAGCAUCGUGGGACAUCUGUUCGAUUGCCGUGCUCAGCAGCUACGGAGAGGGUGCAACCGAAGAUUUCUCUUCGUUUUCUUGGCUCUUAUUACACCAUCUACUACAUCCUAUGGCUUUUGAUAAUUGCAAUACUUUUUGACAUAGGGAUCUUACAGUUCGUUUUCAUGUUGCUGCUAUUAUUUGUAGUUUUCACGCUUCAAAAUGUCGUAUCCUCGCCUGUUAAAUUAGAAUAGAAGUAAAUUUUGUUAUAACUUACUAAAAUGGACAAAUGAUAAAAAUUUAUGAUGAAA